CCGAGAAUGAGCGAUAGAGUAGGAUGCUCUAGCGGAUCACGGGAUCGGUCCGCUGAUAGUCCUCAGCAUAGCGAAGGCCACCCGGCAGCUCACCCAACGGCACCACACGAAAUGACUCAUCGCCGAUCUGAUAGCGUCCGUCGUCGGAUUGCUGCAGCGCCAGUGUGGUCCCUCCGUAUGUCAGCUGAUGGCCGAACAGCCGAUAGAUGGCCAUGGUAAGGGGCAGCUGGUGGAAGGCCGUUGCUGUGGGCAGUGCGUCAGCCGACAGACGGAGAGGCCGCGUCGUAUUGGUAGUCACCCGGUAGAUGAAGGCCAGCCGAAGGAACCGCCCCAUCGCCCGCCACUCCUCGCCACUCUCCCGCUCCAGCACAUAGACCACCUUCAAGCCGGCCUCCACAUCACCGCCAAUGUCGAAGGCCAACACGUCCGCCAGGCCCAGACGACUAAUGUGCUCAUCCACGCGGCGCCUCACCUUAUAGAGCAUCGUCUCAACAUCAUCGGGAUGGCUGUUGCUGAUGUGUGAGCGCAGAGCGGCCCGUCUGUUGGCGUCAAUCGACAUGGCCAUUUCAGCCGCCUUGCUGAUAGCGAUGCUGCGCAGGGGUGGGACUGUCGUCGGGGCGGUGUGGCCAUUGGGAUUGGCAGGGGGAGGGUGGGCAGAGGACGCCAUCAGUCAGGCAACUGAUCUGAAUCAACGACACAAAAAGUGGCAAUCAGUGCUGCCGAGAUAAGUGUGCGUCUCUGUGCUGACCUCAAAACACUUGGCUAUGAAGGAAUCUCUGUCAGCAGCCCAACACCAGACGGCUGCCGGCACCCACACAGCAGCGUGGACAGCAGGGGGUACACAAGCAUCCAUCAGACGAGGAAGUCGUCAGGCGAGCCACCUACCGUCAGCAAUGCCCACCAGCGGCCCAGAUGAAGCAAUGGCGUGGCCAGGCGGCCGUCGUCGUCAGCGAGUCAACGAGGCGUUGUGGGAGAUCUGCAGGCACACAAAACACCGAAGCAGCAGCUGACUGAAGCAUUUCAACGCUUCAUCUGCCUCUUUCGCUGCCGCCUUACCCUACUCUGAGCGGCCUCAGAGCUUCAGAGGACUUUGGCG